CUCGUUCAGUGACGACCGCCCUAAAAUUUUGACGUGGCUACUACGUAUCUCCCGUUUAUCCACUCCGAUUGCAGCAAGUUGGUGACGACGAAUACGUAACUGAAAUCAAGAAUUGUGGAAAUGACAUAAUUACAAGUAUAAAACUGGUUCUGGAAGUUUUAUUUUAUGUCAUCAACAACCAAAGUGAGCACAGAUGUGACACAAUUAAUUUCGGAAAGAUGCAAAUGGUUUACAAGACAAAAGAAUGAAAACAUAAUCGAUGAGAGGUUGUUUAGGACAUGGACGAUAUUGUGGAGGAAAAGUGUCAAGUGGAUCCUCUAGCGCCAUCUCCUGAUCAACAAACCGGAGGUGGUGUUGCAUCAUCGGUAGGCGUCUCUAAUUCCCAGCCUCAUCUGGUGACAGCAACUAACAUUGUACAGCUGACUUUACCUUCCCAUACGCAAGCACAGGUUCAAAGUGUUAUUCAACCAAAUCAACAAUCUGUAAUACAAACUGCAGCUAAUUUACAACCUAUGUUGAGUAAAGGGAACGUAAUAUUGGUUAGCAGCAAACCCAAUUCAGUUAUCCAAACGACGCAAGGAAAUUUACAGACGUUACGAGUAGUAGAAGCAGGUAGUGACGAUAGUUUUUCAGAAGAAGAAUCUCCAAAAAAACGCAGGGAUCUGUUGACGCGGCGGCCAUCGUAUAGGAAAAUCUUAAAUGAUCUUGGAGGGGGUGAGAUAGCUGAAGGAAAAAUCGAGCAAACUUCAUCCGAGGCAGAUAGUGAGUUGUCGUCUCACUCUAUCCCAUACCACACAGUUUUACCAGCAACGGCUCUCCAAAUAACUACAGGGGAAGGUGGACAUCAGGGUAUACAGACAUUAACGAUGACUAAUGCAACAGCAGGAGGAGCCAUUGUACAAUAUGCUCAAGGACAGGAAUUCUUCGUACCAGUUGUGGCGCAAACUGGUAGCCUAUCUGGAGGAGGUGGAGAGGACCAGGCGCGCAAGAGAGAAAUGCGAUUACUCAAAAAUAGAGAAGCGGCUAGGGAAUGUCGAAGGAAAAAAAAAGAGUACAUAAAGUGUCUAGAAAACAGGGUAGCGGUCCUAGAAAACCAAAACAAAGCUCUUAUUGACGAACUGAAAUCGCUAAAAGAACUGUAUUGUCAACAAAAGAGUGAAUGAGAACCUCAAUUACUUAAAAUAAGGUGAAGGACUGAGUUUAAAAAAUUGUGAGGGAUCGAAACCGAGAUGGUGGUAGGAGAGUGCAAUGUCAACAACAGUAUUGUUUUAAUUGUUUUGAGACGCGUUUUGUUGGAUUGUAUUCCAGAGUUUAUCGUCACUCAGCAAGAUGUUGGAUAAUAGUUAUCGUUUGUAUACAGGAUAAGCUCGAAUUAUCAGUCAAUAUCUUCAAUUGAAAAUUAUUUAUUGUUGUGUAUGUUUUAUAAUAUAAAUAACAUUUAAAUUGUUUGGUAAGUACCGUUUACAGAAUACGGAACUCUAAGAUAAUAUAAAAUAUAUCAAGAAAACGAAUUUAUAGCACUCAAAAAAUUAGUUUGUGAACAUUUAAUAAUUAAAUCCACCCGGAAUCAACUAUAUGUGAAAACUAAUACGAUUAUACAAAUGUACCUAUUAAUUUAAUAUAAAAAUGUGGUAGUUAAUUCUCCAAAACAGCAAUAUUUUCGAUAUAGUAACAUUUUUCACGUGUUUCAUUCAAUAAUACGUUUACAACGACAAGAUUUAUUUAUCUCUAAUUAGUCAAGCCACUGCCCUCGGACUUUUAUACUUUAUUAGAGUAAAUUUCUUUAAAUUAGUUCAUUUUUUUCAUGAUGCUUACAAUGGAUAAGAGGAAUAAGCUUGUUGGUGUCAGGUUCUUCUUGUAGUCUGAUUAAGGUUUCUCUAUCUUCUGUUUUUUCUCUCUUUUUGUCCUCAGUUCCUUUUUUUGGUCGAUUAAUUUUUCUAAUACCAAAUUUUGGUACUCUCAAUUUGAAGAUUACAAAAAAAACUUUAUCAUGUAAUUUUGACAUUACCUUCUUUUCCUUUUACCUCGUCAGAUGUCUGAUGUGGGUUCCGGUUCUCCUUAUACCUAUUCUUUCCUCUAUUUUCCUCUUUUUUUUGAUAAGUUAUUUCUCUGAUACCAAAUUUUUCGUUUUAUCUUGUGCCCAUAUCCCAUCCUUGCUUCUUUUUGUUCCCAGUUCCUUUAUUUGGUUGAUCCCAUUCUUUCUUCAUUUCUCUUUUUUUUAAAGUAUAUUUGCAAUCUUGUAUCAUUUAUCUUGUCAAUUUAUAUGUGUUUAUAUUUAUAUUUUGUUCAACCCAUUUAUCUGUUUAUUCAUUUUUUCCCUUAUCGAUUUUUUAAAACUUUUGUAAUGUGUUCUUUAUCUUGUCAUUCUUCUAUUAUUUAUGUUGUUAAUCUAUUUAUAUUUGAUAUAUUGACAUUGACAGUAAUGACACAUUUUUAUUACACUAGCGACACGAUUGGCAGGUGGCAGAACUAAAUUUGUCUUGCCGAGAUUUACAUACAUGUUUACCUUCUUUUUGGUAUGUUCUUUGUAUUUAGGUAUAAAUUUGGUUAUUUCCCUUGUUUUUUUUAUUUCUUCACUUAGUCAACAAUUUGUCCUCUACAAUGAGUUGCGCAGUACCGGUUACCAAAUAAACAAAAUUAUUCCUUGUAUUAAACAAAUAUUGUUUCUUUAUCGAAUAUAUUGAUAAUUAUUGUAAUACUUUUGGAUUUUGAUUUAAAUAAAAAGAAUUACCGCAUUUUUUGCUGAUCUAAUAAAUAUUUAAACUAUUUUUAUACAUUUUAUGAUAUAGCAUAAAAUUUGAUAUUGUACAUUUGGAAGCCGAAAAUUCGGAACUAUCGAGACCCCAAUUAUUCCGGAUAUUUGGAUUAAAUAUACAAGGUCUCCAAAAUAUGGAAAACUCUAUUAUCUAUUUGUUAAAAUAAUUUUUUCUUGAUUCAUUGUAAGAAAUUUAACAUUUGAGUUUUUAAAAUUAAAUUUCUAAAUCAGUUCUUUUAACAUUGUCGAAAAUAAGGGUAGUUUACUGUUGAUUAAAACUUUUUGUUCUCCUUAGAGUUUUAAAAAACAAAUUUCUGAUGAAUAGAUGAUACAAAAGGAUUUUAUGGUGUAGACUUGAUGAAACUCUGUGAAAUAAAAUUUUUUAAUCCCUUUUAUAACCGUGUCCAUGACAUAUUCAUUGGUUUCUUUCCGCUAUUAUCGUUUUCAAUUUCCUCUUCACUUUUGUUGUGACUGAAGACCUAAGAACGCUGGUCAGCUCUGGAGCCCUUUUGUACUAUUUAAAUACAUUUUUAUGUUAAAUAAAAAAUCCGGCAUUUGGUUUCAGCAUUUUCGGCAUUCCACCAUAUAGGAAUGAAAGACUUUGUAAUAUUAUAUGAUAAUUUAUCAAAAAAAUAGUGACAUACACUUUCAUGUUUUUUUUAAGUAAUUGGUUACAUUCAAAUCAUAUUGGUAUUAGUAAAAAUAAAAAACUAGCUCUAAAUGUACAUUUAGAGCCAAAAAUGAAUGAGUUCCUGGAUCGUUGAUAAUUUUUAUUUAUUAAAAUAUUAAACAUUUUUUAUACCUUGAAAAUAGGAUCAUAACAGAAGAUAGAAGGCUUGUGAUCACGAAGUGUUGUAUUUUUUUUUAAUGAACUCGAUGUAUAUAUUUAGUGAGAUGUAUAAAGAAUCUUGCUGUUGAAAUAUUUCCAAAAAAUCGAAUAACAUUCAUAUAAACUUUAAAGAUAUAGCACGGUGUUCCUUAACCAUACUUGAACGUCUUCGAUCUACGUAUUACACUUGAACAAGAGCACGGAUGCAACGUUUUAAGCCUAUUCAGAAAAUCGGUUUUCUCAGCUCCAAUUUUACUUGACGGCUGGAGAGUCAUGAGUGAUCUCGCUACAUGCACUUGCCAACUUCAAAUGUCUGGAAGAGGCUCUUGUGUCAACUGGAACUUAAAUGGAAACAAAUGCAAAUCCUUUUGCAAAAUUGUGGCCAAAGUUGUUCUUUGAAGACCAAGCUCCUCAACACGGCGUCGAUUUGAGGUUGUUGGAUUGUUUUGAACACUUUCUUGAGCAGCAGUAAUGUUUUCAGCCGAUCUUGCAGUAGGUUGUGGUGCAUGCUUGCGCCUAUCAGCUACAGUCACUUUCUUCGAAAUCAUUCACUACUCGAUAAAUAGUGCGUCUUGUUGGUACGUUGUUUCGCCCGACUAUAGGGAUGGUCCGCGAGCACAGAACAUUCGUCUAGACCUACUAAAAUGUUGAUAAAAGGUUGAUAAAGACGAAUUAACUUGUUCUUUACCUUUCAACGUACUAGAUUCAUUCACAGCUUUUUUAAAAUUGGUUAUGAAAGAUGCUUUGGAGUGGCAUGCAUGUUUGAUUCCUAAUUAAAUUGAAGCAUUUACCACAUCGCUUUUUAACUGAAGACUAUCUUGUCUUACCAGCAAGCUGAUCUACUUUUUAAAUUGAUGGAAAAAUAUUUUGUCUUUUAUGAAAAUUAUUAACAUAGAAAAGGUGAAUGUAAUUUAUUUAUACAAUCAUUAAAUCAAGAAAUUUUCUAAAUUCAAACCCCUAUCAUUUUCCAAGAGUUGGAGAAACCGAUUUUCUAAAUAGGGUUAAAACGUUACAUUUCUGUUGAAGUUUAAGUAUAUACAUAGAUUGAAGACGUUCAAGUAAUUUUCAUUUAAGUCUGGUUAAGGAACACCGUUAUAGUUUUCAUUUGGCAUUAGGUCGAAAUUAAAAAUCUUCAUCGUGUAAUUGAACUUACUAUACUAAAUUCAUGUGAGAUUAUCUAUUGGAAUGCCUUUUGGAAACUAUUGUAUAUAACAUUUACUAGUAAUUCAUUUUUAUUUUGAUGCAUAACAAAAAUUCGAUAUUUGUAGAUAUUUCUACAGUCCCGACCUGUAGAGUGCCUUCUAGAUUAUAUAACAGUGUGCAUUUCGUAGGACUUGUAAAAUUUUUGAGCAGUGCCAUUUUUAUUGUGAAAACAAAAAUUAUUUGUGUUACGAAAUUGCACUCGAUGAUUUUCAUCUUUCCAAAAAAUUAAUGUAUCAUAAUACAUUUUUAUAUUAAUAUAUAUUCACCAGUUAAAUUAAAGCAUAAUUUCGAUUUUUCAUGAAUUUUUAGCAAAAAAUUAGUGUAUGGGGAUGAAGUGUUCCCUUGAACAUUAUACGUUGUGUGAUCCUUUGCAGUGACCUUCAUAUGCUCUGUAGUGACCUUCUCGAUGAUAAUAAUAAAAAUUAGAAAUCAUUUAUUAUUUAUCAUUGAUAACAAAACAUCAACUCAUAACUGACAUUUUUGUUACAUAACUGGUGAGGUGCGACUUGGCAAACCUCGAAUUUAAAUGACGCUGGUUGUUUAAAAAAAAUAGGAAAAAAGAAUCUGGUAUCUAUUUUUGAAUAAUUUUACUCAUAAAAUUUAAAAUUGAGAUAGAAAAUCUUUGCAAUAAUAAGAUACUGAGUUGAACUUCAUACAAGCUAGAAAAGUGAGGUUAUAACCAAAAUGACGUUAGACCAUAGACAACAAGAAAUAUUUUCGUAUUGCUAACAUAACAAUUAAAAUGUCCGCAUGCGUAUAGAAAAAAUAUUGAAACUGGUGAACUAUAUAUGGAUUUAUAUGAGGUAUAUACGUAACUUGAAAUUAACGAUAUAUUUUAUGACUUAGUACAGUUUAUUGAGAUCCUUUUUUAAUUUAAAUAUUUGAAAUUCAACGAAAGGUGGAAAUCAUUUAUAACGACCGAUAAUGGUCUUUACAGAAAAAUGUUUGUACAUAUUUGUAUGUAUGUAAAUGUAUUUUUACAUAUCAAAAAAAGAAAAAAAAAUACUUUCGCACAGCCAAAGUGAAUAUUUGUAAACCACGGUGGAACGAUAAUGGUUUUUUGAGUAAAAAAUAUGUUUCCACCCUUAUUGUUGCCUUGUUAAAUUAAUUGAAUAAAUAGAACUGAGUUGCAAGAUAAUAUUUUUUUUAAUUAUUACAGGAGGUGAUUAAUCAUUUUAAUUAUAUGUGAAUAUACUGAUAUUUCCGUAAUCUUUAUGAUAAAUAAUGCAAUGUAUUUUUUGUUAAUAAUUAGAUUCUUAGAUAUUCAACACUUAUUCGAACAAGUCAGUUCUAUGUAUUGGAAUUUCUGAAAACAAAUAUUUCCAAUUGCUAUUUUUGGUAGUUGUCUUAAUUAGGGAAUUUGUAAAUAAGAUUAUUAUCUACUAUAUGUUUAAGUAUUAGUUGAAAUUGAUUUAUUAUUAAUAAUAAAGUGAAUAUUUUAUUUCA